AUGGAAAAAAUCAUUAUUUUGAUCACUUUACUAAUUGCCCAUGUAUAUGAAUCUGAAGGAAUAUCUUUAAUGCAAGGUCAAGAAAUCAACUUGAUUUUCCCGUAUCCAUGUGAUAGUUCAGAAGUCACAUUACAGCAAUCUAACAGAUGGCCAUUUUAUAUUUCAACACAUGGCUCAUCACUGUCUUUGCCAGAUAGUCAGGUUCAAAGAUUUAAGGUUAAGAAUAUAAUUAACAAUGGAGGCUGCUCUCUGGAUCUUACAAUAAGGGAUCUCUUGAGAGGUGAUCAAGGGAGAUACAUAUUGUUUGUAUACAAGGAUGGUAACAUACUGCGUGAUGAUACACAUAAAGUAUGGCUUCAGGUAGACUUUCCUCCUGGUAAUGCCUCAUGUGUUGUAGGUUAUGAAAAGGGUAGAGAUUGGGUAGAGGUAGACUGUACAGCGAAUGCUGGAAGUCUACCAGGGAAGAUUGAAUGCUAUCAAGAUGGUCUAUGGAUGCCUCCCUUGACUGACCCUGUGGAAAUUGGCUCUUUAGUAAUACAGACCUUUCUAAUACGAAAAUCACAGCCAGUAUUUUGUUGUUCAUCUGCUUUGAAAGUAUAUAAAUCAAGCUGUGAAUGUGACGAUACUGUCUUGUUUGAAGAAGAAUCCAGUAACAAAGACCCAUGUCAUACCACCACAACACAAACUAUAUCAACAGAUUCUGUCUAUAGAAGUACAGAUGUGAAUUGA